GCGUGUACGUCGUGUGUGACAUUUGCAGGCAGCGUGAAGCUAGUUUGUAAGAGCUAGCAGGAUUCAGGGAAACUGGAUAUGAGCAGGAUAUGUUCUACUUUAUACCUAGUUAACCACUGUUAAUGUCACGGUUGGUCUUUGCAGUUUUGUACCUAAAUUAUAGGAGACAACCGAGUUCAAAUGUAGCGCUACUUGAGCCCUGCUGUCUAGUUUAUAAAUACAGUAGCUAACGCUUUUCUUUCUGCUGCUACAGAGUUAAAGCCACAGCAGUUAAUCAACGGCUUGCUUUGAGGUCGUUUUGUGGUUUCCUGCAUUGAGCUGUUGUCAAAGUGUAGUUGAUAUUUGAUUCAAAAACAAACAGAAAAACUCCAGUUGUAGUUGUUGUUCUUGCAUUGCAGCAUGGCUGGACUGUAACGCAUUUACGCUGACUUGGCUAACGCCGCUUCGCACAAGGUUAACAUUAGCUUUAGCCAGCUAGCUGCCCUCAGUUGCCUCUUGGUCCAGCUUUGUCCUCUCUCUGCCACUUUUUUUCAUGCCGAGUUAGAGUAGUUUUUAUCGGGACAGGUGUGUGUCUGUGUGUCUGUGUGUGUGUGCUGAGAGCAGGUCAAGUGUGGUGCGAUAGAGUGCAUUUUACACACUUUCUUGACUCAUACAGAGUGUAAACUCGUCGUAAGCUCAGUUCACUGCAGGGGAAGUUUUAGUUUGGGUACUUUUAAGGAAGCGAAAAUGCUGCUUUCCUUAGUGGUGCAUACAUACUCGCUGCGGUAUUGGUUUCCUGCCACGGUAAUGCUGGGUACAGCUCCAGCUUACCUCCUGUCAUGGGGUGUUUGGCGUUUACUUUCCUCUGUGUUACCAGCAAGAGUGUAUCAUAAGUUAGAUGACCAGCUAUACUCCAUCUACCAGAGCAUGGUGCUCUUCUUCUUCGAAAACUACACGGGGGUGGAGAUUGUGAUAUAUGGAGAUAUACCAAAGAACAAAGAGAACGUGGUCUACCUGUCUAAUCAUCAAUGUACAGCGGACUGGAUAAUCGCUGACAUGCUAGCCAUCAGGCAGGAUGCCCUUGGUCAUGUGCGAUAUGUCCUUAAAGAUGGGCUCAAGUGGCUCCCACUAUAUGGAUGGUAUUUCUCUCAGCACGGCGGCAUCUAUGUAAAUCGAAGUGCGAAGUUUAAUGAACAGGCGAUGAAAAAGAAGCUGCUCUCUCAAACCAAAUCAGGAACACCAAUGUACCUUGUCAUCUUCCCAGAAGGAACCCGGUAUAACCCAGAGCUCAAGAGUGUUAUCGCUGAGAGUCAGGCUUUUGCCACUAAGGAAGGACUGGCUGUUCUGAGGCACACCCUGACACCCAGAAUGAAAGCCUCUCACAUAGCCAUAGACUCGAUGAAGGACCACCUGGAUGCUGUCUAUGACGUUACAGUCGCCUAUGAGGGAACGCUCGGCGUCUCUGGUCAAAGAAAACCUGCCCCAUCAAUGCCAGAAUUCCUGUGCAAAGAAUGUCCCAAAGUCCACAUUCACUUUGAACGUGUAGACAUGAAGGAAAUUCCUCCAGAGCCAGUGUUUUUCCGCAGGUGGCUCCACGAGCGGUUUGAAAUUAAGGACCGGCUGCUGACCAGCUUCUACGAAUCAGAGGAUGUCGACAAAAAAUCCAGGUUCCCAGGGGAAGGCCAAAGUUCUCCACUAAGCAUCUCGAAAACCUUCCCAUCUGUGAUGAUCUUGGGGGGAUUGACAUUGCCAUUGCUGUUGGCUGAAUCAGGCAGGAAACUGUACAUCAGAACCUGGGUCUAUGGAACGCUUCUGGGAUGGCUGUGGGUGAACAUCAGUCCUUAGCAAACAGGACGAAGGCUGCCAUCAUGUGAUGCACAGACGAUAUGGAGAGAUCUUGCCAUUUUCCUGUAUCACAAUGCAAGGAGUGUUACAGAUGCAAAGCAGUGCCCGUUAAGAUUUGGAGGCUGAGAGAUUUAAACCAUAUGUCUGGCUCACUGUCUCCCUUCAAGCAAAACAUAAAUGGAGAGAAGGAAAUGUUGAGCUUUUUGUGCUAGUUGUUUUCUUGAGUUAUCUGGAUUUGCAGCCUGAUACAAAGAGAAAGCAUCAGUGGAUUUGCUGAAAUGUAUUAGAUUUACUGAAUAUCCCCCUUGACCUCAACGAUAAAGUAAGAAUAGCUAUAAACCUUUCUAUAGAAGAUAUCCCCCUCAUAAGAUUUAGCCAGAUCUGUAUUCUUGCAUGCUCACUCGUUCAGCACCAUCAAGCAUUGGCCAGUUUUAAGGCUUUACACCGUUUGUUUUUUGAGCACAAAAUGCGCUCAAGUACUCUCAACAAAACCAAGUUUAGUGAUGAUGGUAAUCCAUGGAAAAGAUAUGCCAGCCUAUUUCUGACAGGCAGUGAAAAAUUAUCUCAUUUAUAUUGGUUUAAUGUUCUCUUCUAUUGAGGAGGAGUCCCAUGAGACGUGGAUUAUGCACUUUGCUCAUUUAAAGUCAUGUUUUACAUAAGUAGAACAUAACCAUUUUUAAGAGUACAGUCCUCUGCAGGGUUUCAGGAGCAUCACACCACCUAUACUGGUCACCAUCGGUAGUCAGCCAUACUGAUGUCACUUUACUUCAAAUUGAACAUGUACCAAGGCGCCACUAAGCAUACUUCCUCCUAAAUUAAUGUGACACAGAAAAAAAAAAAUUAAUUGCCUGGAAUUUGUAUUUAAUUGUCUUUAGAACAUGGGAGAUACAGUCAACUGACUAGUAUCCUUUUUAAAUAUAUAUAUGUUAUAAAUUUUUUGAAUUCCGUGUAAUAAAUCAGAUUUUCUCACUUGGAGCCCCAAACCCCCAAACAAUAGAUUCCUUCUUUUGGAGGAUGAAGAAAACCGUGUUAGUUAACAGUUAAUUACUGUUAAUGAGCUAAUAUUGAGGAGUGCAUGUUAAAAAUGACAAUGUUCUACAGAAGUAAAAUGUCGCUUUAAGCUUAAAACGAUAAAUCUGUUGCCAAAACCUGGAGUAAUAGCCAGGAUGUUCCUCAGUGUUUUAAGUUGAGCAGUCCAUUUUGUCUUGUUCGUAAACGCUUCACCACUGUCCCCGUGACAGCAUUAGAAAUUACAUGUCUAUUGAUUUUUGGCCGAAGUACUGUAUGAUUUGAUUUUCUACAAUGUUUCUGGGUUUGAAUUUUUUUCCCCAUCAAUUUUGUAUGCAUAUGUUAUUCUUAAUGCCAUGUUACAGAUCACACAAAAGUAUCUACCUAGCAAAAAAUGCUGAAAAAGCCAUCUUGAGAGUAUGACACAGGUUCCUUUGCACACAAUGCCAUCUGUAUUAUAUCUGUCACUGUAUUGUGAAAUGCACUGUAUGUCCGUUCAUGUUGUUUACUCAAACGAAUCAUUACUUUUUCCACGUGUCACUUUACAUACUUGGUCUGUUGUCCUAUAGAAUUAGUUUGAAAUAUCUAAUGGGUUUUGCCCAAUGUGGAUGGUAAAUCUCAUGGUUUUUACAUGUCACUCCAAUACCUCACUUGAAUAAUCCUUCCUUCUUGUUAAAUGACCCUUGUCAGCCAUUUUAUAGCCAUUUUUAUCCUCUUACGAUCAGAUUGUAAUUCAUCAGGAAAUACUAUGUAGACAGUAUUUAAAUGCCAAUUGUUCCUAGAAAUGUGUGCCUUCUAUUCGGAGGAGCUGGUCCUCAGCCCUCACCCAGAGGACCGCCGUGUCUCCCUCCACUAGAUGACUGCAUGGAGGCUCUCCGCUCAAUAGCACUGGAACUGCUGUUCAAUGCAGCUUAUUGGUCAAAUUGUCUACAGUUCAUAGUGGCUUAUUUUGUUCUAAGAGAAAUGCAUUGAUUUACACUUUUUGAAGACUAUUAUUGAAUGAUGAAGACUUUAAAGUACUGUAUGUAAGUUUUGGAGGAGGGGGGGUCCAAUUGAAAUAAAGCGGUUUUCUUUGGGGAAUGGCAA